GAAACAGAUCAACACCGCGCUUCCCAAAUACGUGUUGAACGAGACGCGCCUCAAGGAGAUUGCAACAGCAGAAUUCGCCGAACGCCAGAAAGCCGCCGCAGCCGCGCGCUUCGCGAAGUCUCAGAGCCAGGACGCCAUGGAUGCCGAAUCGGACGACGAGUCGAUGGAGUCGGAGAAGGAUCCGAUCGUUUUGCUUCAAGAGGAGCAACAGCAGUCCUCGGUCUACUUCUCCGUGCAUCUCGACGCAGAUGCUGCGUACGACGCAGAAGGCGACGUUUACAGCUUCGCGGAAGGGACGAAGAUGGACCAGGGCCAGCUCAUCGACUACUACGCAAC